UAUUUCAUGGAUUCUUUGCCUUUUCUGCCUCCCAGCUCCCUAAUAAACUGCUGAAGAGUCUUGAGAUGAAUCAGCCACCGGACCAGAUAAACAAGCCCGCCUGCCACAGUUGGUGUUCUCUACAGCCAGCAAAGGAACUCCCUUGGAUCCCACCCAGGACGUGGAAUUCCAGAGCACAGGGCCAGGCACCUUUGCACCCUGCCCCCACCACCCAGCCCUGCCCUCUAACUCCUUUCCCCGCCUUCUGCUGGGUGCCGGGUGGAGACACUGCCAAGGCGGCAAGGUUUCGCAGCCUGCCCUCUGUGCGGGGCCCGGGUGGAAGCCCAGAGGGCCCCGGGCAGGGCCAUGAAGACGCUCCUGAUCAUCCUAGCUGUCGGAUCCCUAGCCGGUACGGAGAGCCAGAAUGGCUGGCAAAAGUGGGCUGCCAGCAGAUCACCCAGAAGUCCUGCAACUUGACCAUGGAGACAGGCAACCUCACUGAGCUUUACUAUGCCAGGGUCACGGCCAUCAGCUCGGGAGGCUGGUCAGCCACCAAGAUGACCGAACGGUUCAACUCGCUACAACACACUACCAUCAAACCACCAGAUGUGACUUGUGUCCCCCAAGUGAGAUCCAUUCAGAUGAUUGUCCAUCCCACUCCCACACCCGUGCACACCACAGAUGGCCACCAGCUCACCCUGGAGGAGAUCUUCCAGGACCUGUUCUACCGCUUGGAGCUCCAUGUCAACCACACCUACCAAAUGGUACAUCACCUUGGAGGGAAGCAGCGAGAAUUUGAGUUUUCUGGCUUGACCCCUGACACAGAAUUUCUUGGGAGCAUCGUGAUUUCAGUUCCAACCUGGUCCAAGGAGAGCGCCCCUUAUGUGUGCAGAGUGAAGACGCUGCCAGAUCGGACGUGGACCUACUUCUUCUCAGGCGCUGUCCUCUUCUUCGCUGGCUUCCUUGUCACCAUGCUUUUCUACCUGAGCAACAGAUAUAUCACCAAGCCACCUGUGCCCCCCAAUUCCCUGAAUGUCCAGCGAGUGCUGACUUUCCAGCCGCUGCGCUUCAUCCAGGAGCACGUGCUCAUCCCCGCCUUGGAUCUCAGCAGCCCCAGCAGUCUGGCCCAGCCCGUGCAGUACGCCCAGGUCAUGAUCUCCGGGCCCACAGAGCCUCCAGGGGCCACAACGCUACACAACCUGCCUGAGAUGGCCUACUUGGGGCACUCGGACGUCUCCAUCCUCCGGGCUGCCAAUGUGCCACCUCACCAGACGCUCUCCCCACCGUCCUACAACCCGAAGGCAGCCCCUGAGGUCAGGCCCCUGUCCUACACUCUGCAGGUGGCCCCUGAUGCCAAAGCCCUACUCUACACUCCACAGGCCUUCUCUACAGCUCCGCCUCCCUCCUACACCUCCCAGGCCACUGGGGAUGGAGGGCCUGCUUCCUACGGGGUAUGCCUGGAAGGCUGUGGCACCAGCUUGCCCCCAGGGAUGCCCUCCAGUCCCAAGCUUCUCAGGCCCAAAGGUCAGCUCCAAAAAGAGGCACCGGUGGGAAGCUGCAUCCCUGGUGACUUCUCUCUGCAGGGAGUGAGCUCUGUGACCAUGGAGGGACUCCAGGAAGCAGAACUGUUCCGCUCACCCCUGGGGGUCUGUACGGACAGAGAACUGGACCUGCAUGUGCUACACAAUGGGGACCCAGAGACCCUACCGUACCUACAGGACCCGCUCUCCCUCCUCUCCUCUGUGCAGAUCGAAGGCCACCCUGUGUCUCUCCCUUUGCACCCUCCUUCCCUCUCCUGCUCCACCUCCAACCAGGGGCCACAUCCCUGGGGCCUGCUGGACUCCCUUGUGUGUCCCAAGGACGAGGUUCAGGUAUCUGAGGCUGAGCCCCUGAGACCAGGCCCCAGGGCCUUGGAGCUCAAGCAGUCCACAGAGCUGGACUCUCUUUUCCAAGGCCUGGCCCUCACCGUGCAGUGGGAGUCCUGAGAGAAGCAAAGCUGGCCUGGGCUUCCUUUGGUCCCCACCAGCAUCUCCUUCUUGGCUGUCAACCUCACACCCAGCCAUGCCACAUGCUCUGCAGCCCAGCCAAUGUGGGAAAACUGGGGAAGAGCCAGAAGAAGGAGGACAGGGGGCCUGCUGUGCACGAGUUCCCUGUCAGAGCUGAAAAGCAUUAUGGGAACUCCAGCUGGAGAAGACCAGGGUAAAUGAGUGACAUGUGCACAUGACAUAAGCUCUCAGAACCUGGCAGGCAGGACAGUCAGGGUCCAGGGAGGUAAGACAGCCAAACCCCUAGAGACCCAGAGCUCCAGCUCUGAGGAUGCUGGGCUCUGGGCUGGCAGGGAGCCUGACCCCAUUCUAGGACCAUUUCAUAAUCUAGCUCAGCAGAGUGUGGCAUCUGCCCAAGGUGGGAGAAGAAGCCUGCAGUGGCAGGCUGGGCAGAACCAGAGCAACCUGCCCUUCUGCCAAGGCCAGAGGUAGCACAGUAGUGAGACUGCUGGGAGGGGUAUGGCUGGGGCUUGGUCCACACCAGGGCCCACGCCUGAAGUGGUAUCAUUCCAGUUUCACCCUCCAGGAAAUGCAGUCUAGGGAGGUAGCCAUACAAGCCUUUCCUUCAGGCAGGAGUUUCCAGCUUUAUCUUGAGAACUGGAUUUGAAAAGAACACAGAGCCUGGCAUGGUGGUUCAUGCCUGUAAUCCCAGCACUGUGGGAGGCUGAGGCAGGAGGAUUGCAGCUUUGAGCCUAGUCUGGGCAACUUAGCGACUUAGUAAUACUCCAGCUCAAAAUUUUUAAAAAUUUAAAGGAACUGGGAAUGUAGCUCAGUGCAAAAGUCCUGGGUUCAAUCCUCAUUAUUAAAGGAGAAAGAGACAGAGAAAGAGAGAGAGAGAGAGAGAGAAACAUGGGGCCAUGAAGCCCCUGAAGGGGACCCAAAACAAACUGUUUUUAUACAGCUUUGGAAACUCAAUCUUGUGUUUAGACCAUCUGGGUUCAAAUUUCAACCUCAUCACUAACCAGGUGUGUGACUGCAACCAAAUGAAUCACUGCUCAGAACCUCAGUUUCCUCAGCUGCAAAAUGGGGACAAUACCACCCAAGUCAUGGGUUGUGGUGAGGGUGAAAUUAAUGUUUAUAAAGUGCUUAACAAUAGCUGGCACAUGGGUGUUGCCCCAAAAUGUGGCUGUUUCCUGUUGUGAAUUUUUAUUGAUCUGGCAGUGCAAGGAGCGACUCUGUCCAUGUGAGUUGGCUUCUGACCUCCUGAGCAUUUUCUCCAGGACUCAGAGGAUCCCAGUUGCCUCAGGAUUGCUCCAGGUCAAGCCAAGAGCCAGACCGCCCAGGGCAAGCAAGGGGAGGGAUUACAGAGCCCUCUGAAAACAGGGUACAGAGAUCCAUGAGGCGGAGCUCUGUCCCUGUGGUUCCAGGUGGAAGCUGUUUUGACUACAGCCACCAUCAAGGGCUUCUGUCCCUCCCACCUCCUGCCACCCACCGGAGGCCAGCUGGCAUCUGCUCCUGGAAAAAGAGGCACCCUGCUCUGUGCUUUCAGAAAGCCACUACAUCUUUCUCUCUGCACAUCUCAGAUGACCAUUAGAGGAGGAAACUGAAGUCCAGAGAGGAGAAGGGACAUACCAAGCCUCGCUCUGCAGGCCACAGCAGAGUUGGUGCUCAGAUCCAGGCUCUUUGUCCUCAUCAAGAGAAGGACAUUCCAUACCUGUUGGGGCCUAAGGAGGGGAGGGCACCUCAUGGGUCCCUGAAAGAUAAGGGCUCCCUGUUCCCACCUUCUUGCCCCAAGUUUCUGAGAAACAAAAUCAAACUCCAGUUGCCCAAGAGUGGCCUGUCCUGGAGUACACAGUGUCCUUUUUUCUGUACUCACCUGUGUCUCACCUUGUCUUCCCACCCCUUCCCCUCCCUGGGACACGGUGACAGGUGGUGGCAUUCUUAUCUGUGUGCAAUUAAUAUUUAACAUCUCUUCAGAGUCGCUGACCCAAUAUCUAUGCAACAGAGGCAGGGGAGUCACCCACCUGCACAGCCUGGUCUGGACACUGCAAAUAAAUCUACUUCCUGUCCCUUGGCUAAAGGUUAA